GCGCCCUUACCGGAAGGAAGCUAUACAUAAAUUUCAGCAACUUAUAUCGUUCUAUACACAGUUUUCUCCACUUUUCGUGCCAAGACUCUCUUACUCUCAGCACCCGAAGUGUAACCAUGUCGACAGAAAGGUCUUUUGCCAAAGGGAGUGCUGCACCGGGUCCUGUCCCCAAGGGCCACAUCAGACUCUACAGCAUGAGAUUCUGCCCCUUCGCCCAGAGGGCCAGAUUAGUGCUGAGUGCCAAAGGGAUCAAACAUGAGAUUAUCAACGUUGACCUGACAGACAAACCCGACUGGUUCCUCGAGAAGAAUCCUCUUGGUCUGGUCCCAGUACUGGAGACAUCUGCUGGUGAGGUGAUAAUGGAGUCUCCCAUCACCUGUGACUACCUGGAUGAAGUUUACCCGGAGAGGAAGCUGCUUCCUUCCUCUCCUUUUGGUAAAGCUCAACAGAAGAUGAUGCUAGAGGAUUUUUCUAAGGUCAUACCGUACUUUUACAAGAUUCCGAUGCUCAAAAAGAAGGGCGAAGAUGUCUCAGGACUGGAAGCUGAACUGAAGGAGAAAUUUUCCAAAUUGGAUAAGGACCUGGUUAACAAGAAGACCAAGUUCUUUGGUGGGGAUUCCAUCACAAUGAUCGACUACAUGAUGUGGCCUUUUUUUGAGAGGCUUGAGAGCUUUGAACUGAAAUACUGCCUCGACGGCACACCUGAGCUGAAGAAGUGGACGGAGCGAAUGUUGGAGGACAUGGCUGUCAAAGCCACAAUGCACAGUCAGGACACCUUCAAGGCCUUCCACGCGUCCUACGUGGAUGGGAAGCCCAACUACGACUAUGGCCUCUAGGGGGGAAAAAGGGAUAGCCUUAAAACAUCCCUUUUUUUAAAAUUGUAUACGCCAUAUUAAUUUUCACUCUAAUUCAAGGGCCCUGUUGGUUUUUUAUAACUUUGAUGAAAUAGGAAAAUAUAUAUAUAUAUUGUUGCACAUACUUAUAUUUUCGAUGAGGUUCAGUGAGUGAAUGCUACAUUUCUAUGAUGAUGCUCUUCCUCCAAUAAAAACUGUAUACAACGCUGA